AUGUCAACUCCCUCGAUACGUGUGGCGUCGAGCGCUGCAAAACGCGCAAGCUCACUCUUAAGGGCAAUCCAAGCACAUCCACCGAGUUGUCCGUGCCACUCAAACCCGAGUCAUCAUUAUCAGAGUCCAUCGUUACUUAAGUCGCCCAGAAGGAGUUUUGCAACUCCACUGGAUCACACUAGACAGAAGGAAUAUGCCUUCGAGAUGGCAGCUUCAAGCAUAAGGUUUGGUCCUGGCUGUACGAAAGAGGUAGGAAUGGACUUCAAGAACAUGGGAGCAAACAGAGUUUGUGUAGUAACAGACAGCAAUGUUUCGAAGCUAGAUGCAAUGAAGCAGGUUGUGGAAGGCCUCAGCAGAGAAGGUGUCGAUUUCACGGUAUUCGACAAAGUCCGAGUAGAGCCCAAGGACUCCUCGAUACAAGAGGCCAUCGAUUUCGCCAAACCAUAUCAGCCGGACGCUUUCCUAGCAGUAGGAGGAGGCUCAGUGAUCGACACGGCAAAGCUUAUGAACCUAUACACAACAUUCCCAGAUGCAGGAUUCCUUGACUUUGUGAACGCUCCCCUCGGCAAAGGUCUACCAGUCACAAAGCCAUUAAAGCCUCUUGUGGCGGUUCCCACAACUGCCGGAACAGGAUCUGAGACAACAGGUACUGCAAUAUUUGACCUCGUCUCCAAAAAGGCCAAAACUGGCAUUGCCCAUCGCAACUUGAAACCCACUUUAGGAAUAUGCGAUCCUCUCAAUACUCGCACGAUGCCUUCAGCAGUACAUGCAUCUUCAGGACUCGAUGUUCUGUGUCACUCGUUGGAGUCUUGGACCGCCAUACCAUACCACGAAAGGACACCGCGACCUCAAAAUCCAAUAAACCGACCUGCGUAUCAAGGAGCAAACCCAAUAUCAGAUAUCUUUUCUUUGAAGGCACUACGAAGCACAGUUGAGUUUCUACCCCGUGCUGUCAAGGACCCUGAGGACUUCGAGGCACAGUCAGAGAUGCUACUCGCCGCGACCUUGGCAGGUGUCGGCUUUGGAAAUGCUGGAGUCCAUCUAUGCCACGGAAUGAGCUAUCCAAUUAGUGGACAAAAUCCAGGUUACAAGCAUAACGGUUACGUGAUCGACACCCCCAUCAUCCCUCAUGGAGUCAGUGUCGCUGUUACAGCACCAGCAGUUUUCAAAUUUACUGGAGCGAGCAACCCAGAACGACACCUCGCUGCUGCUGAGGUUUUCGGGAAGGACGUCAGCAACGCCAAGAAGGAAAGUGCUGGAGAAAUCCUGAGUGAAGCACUAGCAGAAUUUCUAGUCAACCUGGGAGAUCAGCCUCGAGGGUUAGAGGCACUCGGUUUCAGCAGGGAACAUAUCGAUGAGUUGGUGGAGGGAACGCUUCCACAAAAAAGAGUGCUGAUGCUUGCUCCGAAUCUCAGUCUGGAAGAGAAUGAGGAACGGGAGCAAUUAAGAGGUUUAUUCGAGGAAGCCAUGAAUUACUGA